GUGCGUGUGUGCGCGCGUCCCGCCGCCCGCGCUGCCCCGGCCGCGCCGCGCAGCGGGGCCGCAGCCCGGCCCCGGCCCCCGCCGCGCCGGGCCUCGGGCGCCUUCCCCGCGGCCGCGCACGUCUGAAAUAGCUAUCUCAGGUAACUGGAGUUGACUCUAAAUGUGAUGCCUGUGGGUUGACUCCUGUAAGCCUUAUUCACACAAAGCUGCCUUUUUUGCAAGUGGCUGAAUUUUUCAACCAAAUUGUAGCACCUGUCACGAUUUUCAUGUGACUCUUGGAAACCCGCUGCAGUCUUCACUAUCUGCUAUUCAGUCCUGCUUUCUUCUCCCUUUAGCAGUUUCUUUUUUGAACAGCAAACGGAGAGAACUGCUCGCAUUGCUGCUGCUGCUCCGGCUGCGUGUGUGUGUGUGUAAAAAGGAUGGUGUAUCUGUAGCUGCCACGCGCAAACACACAUUUGACCAUGAGGACUCUUCGCAGGUUGAAGUUCAUGAGUUCGCCCAGCCUCAGUGAUCUGGGCAAGAGAGAGCAGGCAGCCUUGGAUGAGCGGGGGACCCAGCAGCGACGGGCCUGCUCCAACGCUACCUGGAACAGUAUCCAUAAUGGAGUCAUAGCAGUGUUCCAGCGAAAGGGUCUCCCAGACCAUGAACUUUACAACCUCAAUGAAGGAGUAAGGCAAUUAUUGAAAACAGAACUGGGAUCCUUUUUCACUGAAUAUCUACAGAAUCAGCUGCUUACAAAAGGCAUGGUGAUCCUAAGGGACAAGAUCCGGUUUUAUGAAGGGCAGAAACUGCUGGAUACCUUAGCUGAAACCUGGGAUUUUUUCUUCAGUGAUGUCCUGCCCAUGCUUCAGGCUAUUUUCUAUCCUGUGCAGGGGAAGGAGCCCUCCGUUCGACAGCUAGCUCUUCUGCACUUUAGGAAUAUUAUUACCCUCAAUAUUAAAUUGGAUGAUGCAUUAUCACGUUCCAGAGCCAGAGUUCCACCUUCUAUUAUUCAGAUGCUGUUAGUACUCCAGGGGGUUCAUGAGUCGAAAGGUGUGACUGAAGAUUAUUUGAAACUGGAAUCCCUGAUCCAGAAAGUCGUUUCUCCUUAUUUGGGCACAUAUGGUCUGUAUUCCAGUGACGGACCCUUCACACACUCUUCUUGUAUUUUGGAGAAGCGGUACUUCAGGCGUUCAAAGUCGGGUGACAUCCUUGCUAAGAACCCUGUGGUGAGAUCAAAAAGCUACAAUAAUCCAUUAUUGACACCAGUAGCCGAGUAUGAAACUGAGGGCAUAGCUGCCAAUGGAACAGGCAUUCGAAGGCACUCUGUUUCUGAAAUGACCUCGUGCUUGGAGCUCCAGGGAUACUCCAAUCUCACCACCAUCAUGGACAAUGGUUCCAAGAGCUCCAUGACAGCCACAAAGAACUCACUCUCAGGAGACCAGGAAAGGCCCAGCGCUGGGUCAGUGCAAUGUUCCAGCAAACUCAACACGGUUGAGCAACAGGAAGGACUGUUCCACUCUAUGGAUGACCCACAUAGGUCUUUUGAGCUGGACAGAGACCCUGCCUUGAUUCCAGUUCCUUCUUCCAGCCCUGAGAAUAUAGUGGAUCAGAUUUUGGAGUCAAUUGACUCUGAUUCUGAAGGCAUUUUCAUUGAUUUUGGCCGAGGUUGUUCCAACUCGUCGGCCUACAAUGUGGACGUGAAUAGACAGAGCAUCAUAUGAAGGACAUCAGGAGACGGAUCUUGGGUUUUAAUAUUAUAUAUGAAAGUUACUAAUGCGUUGAGUCAGACUGUGGGCAAGCUAUAUAUGUCUAGUGCCAGCACCUCGGUUGUAAGUCAUCACAGCUGCACUGAAAUACGCAAACCCAACAGGGGACAACAGGUGGGAAUCCGCUGCAGGGGAGAAGAAACCCCAGCCACUUCUGUACCCACCACUCUGCGGUCUGAUUUCUUACUGUCUUUAUAAACUUGGGGAUUCACAAACUGAAAAGUGUCUGGUAAAUUGCUAUUAGUGCAACUGGCAGUGUUUUCUCAGUAAUACAGCCUACCAAAUAGCUAUGUUCACUUUUACUUAUUUCAAGAAAUUCCUGUAAACGUUCAGGUUGUUCUCUGAACUGUAACAUCUCAGCCAGAGCACAGAAACAUAUCCUUUUAAAAAACAAAAAGCAAAGUUUGUGGCCCUUCAUGCCACAGUAUACAGUGAUAAAGAAGUCUUUUAAUCUUUUCUUGUACAUCUUGUAUGCACUCCUUUGCCCAAUGAUGACUUGAAUUCCUGAAGAAAGGCAAAUAAACAGAAAUGCGCUACCUGA